GAUUGCGAUGCCCAACAGCAGCGGGCGCCCGAAGGGCAUGACCAACCCGCAGUCCGAGUACGCCAAGCGCCUGCACAAGAUGGCGCGCUCGGACGCCAUCUCGAUCGACCAGCAGCGCCGGUACGCCGCCGCGCUCAACGCCAAAUCCAGCGCGCUCCUCUCGCCGCCGCCGCUCGUCUUGACGCGCGAAGUCGGCCGCGUGCAGGUCUACGAAGGCGUGUGCCCCAUCGAGGGCACGCUCGUCGUCAAAGGCUCGACGACCAUCGAUGGCCUCCUUCUCGACAACCUCGCCAAGCUCGAGAAGCGCAGCGAGAGCAGCCUCGAGUUCAAGAAAUUCAUGUACGACCUCUUCGGCCCCUUCUUCUGCCAUGGCAUCAACAUGACGCUCGCCGAGCUCCCGUCGUCGGCCACGGACCGCCCGUCCAGCAGCACCAUCUCGACCGACCGCGUCCGCGUGCAUUGGCUCUCGCUCUUUGAGGACCCGUCGCAGCCCAAGCUGCAGCCGUUCGACAUGGUGUUUGCCUCCAAGACCAAUCUCUACAGCGUGCGCGACGGCGACUACGUUACGCACACAGGCCAUGCGCUUCCGGACGUCGGCACGCUGACGUGGGACUCGUUCCCGAACCUCGCGUCGUUCCGCGAAGUCGACACGGGCUGCCGGCGCCUGCAUCUGUACAAGAGCGGGUUCGUGCUCGAGCGCACGCCCCACGUCGCGCGUUGUCGCAUCUCGCUGCUCGUCUCGUUCCGCGAGCCGUAUGUGCCCGAGUGGACCACGCAGCUCGUGGCGAAUCUGCAUGCGUUUGCGAAUCCGUCCGAGCUCGUGAGCCUCGUGCCCUCGUCGCUCUGGUCGUACAACGAGUACUGCUUUGUGUGCUUCAAGUCGUUCCGGUUCUUCCGCCGGCGCCACCACUGCCGCCUCUGCGGCAACGCCGUCUGCUCCAAGUGCUCGUUCACGACGUCCGUGGCCGUUGCAAAAGACGCCCACGUCCGCGAGCAAAAGGACGUGCGGUCGUGCGUCAAGUGCGCGCCCAAGGCCAAGGCCAACGCCAGCACGACGGACGCGCGGCUCACGGCGUCGGCGUCGGCCGUCAACUCGAUGCGUCGGUCGGCCUCGACAACGCGGGCGGCCCAUCUCAAGACGGCCGCGUCCGACAACGCGCUCCUCUCGCGCCUCUCGGUCGACGCACCGCGGUCCCAGCUGCUCAAGGCGGCGUCUGUCGAUGAAGACGACCCGUUUCUCGUCCUGCUCGACGAGGCCCGGCCGCGCCUAGCGCAUCGCAACUCGGACCCGACGGCCUUCUUGCCUGAGGCACGAGGCAGUCCCGAGCCGCUUGUGCAAGUCGAGCGGCGCCAGCGCGGCAUGCCAAGCAGCGUUGCGUCGCACCUCGUCAACUCGAGCCCCGCGGCGUACCACCGCCGCGACCGCGUCUCCAAGUCGGACGAGUUUGCGUACAACCAAGGGUUCACGGCGCGGAGUAUUGACCCGCGCCCGCCGCACCAUGCGGAGCGCAAGCGCGCGCCACGCAGCCAAGACGGCGCGCCUAAGAGCAGCGACGGCGUCCCGCCGCCGUCGCACCACCACCACCACCAUCGGCGUCAGAGCCCGUCGGUCCGACGUGGCAUCGUGUCACCGCCCGCGAAGCCGUAGCAGUAACCAGCCCCGACCCCGACCGAGAUGCAUUAUUUAAUAUACGACAGCCUUGCUUCGAAGAAGAAGGACG